AACCAUGGGCAACAGAUGGGUCAAGAACAAGACAAGAUUGUGAAGUUUCAAUGGGACAUAUCUGCCAGCUUGUGUUUCCGGGGUCAGCGAAUUUUCCUACAUAAUGCUAGUGGUUGGUUUGGCAAUGUUCCUUUAGAGGCUUCUGGAGAUUUUGGCAUUCAUCCUGAUGAAGGAGAGUUUCAUCUAAUGUGCCAGGUUCCUUUUGUUGAAGUCAAUGCUCUGAUGAAAACAUUCAAGAUGAAGCCUCUUUUGUUCCCAUUGGCUGGUUAUGUAACUGCUGUCUUUAACUGUCAAGGCCCAUUGGAUGCUCCUGUAUUUGUGGGAAGUGGAAUGGUAUCUAGGAAGAUUGCUCAUUCUAUUUCUGAUGUCCCUGCAUCCAUUGCAUCUGAAGCAGUUCUGAAAAGCAAAGAGGCUGGUGCAGUUGCAGCAUUUGAUCGUGUCCCAUUUUCGUAUCUUUCUGCUAAUUUCACAUUUAACACUGAUAAUAAUGUUGCUGACUUGUAUGGAAUUAGAGCUACACUUGUUGAUGGUGGAGAAAUUAGGGGUGCAGGGAAUGCAUGGAUUUGCCCAGAGGGAGAGGUGGAUGAUACAGCACUAGAUGUAAAUUUCUCUGGAAAUUUCUCCUUUGAUAAGAUUUUACAUCGGUACAUACCAGAUUAUCUUCAUCUGAUACCCCUCAAAUUAGGUGAUUUAAGUGGAGAGACAAAGCUUUCCGGGUCCCUUUUGAGACCGCGGUUUGAUAUCAAGUGGAUUGCACCAAAAGCUGAAGGGUCAUUUAGUGAUGCUCGAGGGGAUAUUGUGAUAUCACACGAUUAUAUCACUGUUAAUUCUUCUUCAGUUGCUUUUGAUUUUUACACAAAAAUCCAAACAUCUUAUCAUGAUGAAUACUGGAUAUCCCAAGAAGAAUUCCAUAAAAGAACUGCCAUACCAUUUACUGUUGAAGGAAUUGAGUUGGACCUACGCAUGCGUGGUUUUGAGUUUUUCAACUUGGUCUCUUCUUAUCCAUUUGAUUCACCAAGACCUGUGCAUUUGAAGGCAACUGGAAAGAUCAAAUUUCAAGGUCAGGUUCUGGAGCCUUGUGUUAAUAAUGAACAAGAUGUUGUUCCUGAUAAAGAAAUGCCAGAUGUUCAACUGGCACAUAAAGGAAAUGCAGAAAGUCUUGUAGGUGAGAUUUCAAUUUCGGGGCUCAAGCUAAAUCAAUUGAUGGUAGCACCUCAAUUGGCUGGACUGCUGACCAUUUCACGUGAGCGGAUCAAGUUGGAUGCGACAGGCAGGCCAGAUGAAAGUCUUGCAAUGGAGUUGGUAGGGCCAUUGGGGCCUAGCUCUCAUGAGAGCUCAUCAAAUGGAAAAUUAUUAUCCUUUUCUCUUCAAAAAGGGCAACUAAGAGCUAAUGUUUGUUUUCAACCACAACAUUCCGCUACCUUAGAGGUACGCCAUUUACCACUUGAUGAAUUGGAGCUUGCUUCACUUCGGGGAACAAUACAAAGAGCGGAAAUUCAGCUUAAUCUUCCAAAAAGAAGAGGCCAUGGUAUGUUAUCAGUACUCAGGCCAAAAUUCAGUGGAGUGGUUGGUGAAGCCCUUGAUGUUGCUGUUAGAUGGAGCGGUGAUGUUAUUACAGUUGAAAAAACCAUUCUAGAACAAAGCAGUAGCCGCUAUGAGCUUCAAGGUGAAUAUGUUUUGCCUGGAUCCCGUGAUCGAAAUGUUGUUGGAAAGGACACUGGUGGCUUGUUUAAAAGGGCAAUGACUGGGCAUCUGAGUAGUGUCAUAUCUUCUAUGGGUCGGUGGAGAAUGAGACUUGAAGUUCCACAAGCAGAGGUUGCCGAGAUGCUCCCACUUGCAAGGCUUCUUUCUCGAAGUACAGAUCCUGCUGUUCGUUCUAGAUCAAAGGAUCUUUUCAUUCAAAGUUUGCAAUCUGUGGGAUUAUAUACUGGAAGUCUCCAGGACUUGCUUGAGGUGAUACAGGGACAUUAUACUCCAUCAAAUGAAGUUAUUCUUGAAGACUUAAGCCUGCCAGGUUUGGCAGAACUUAAGGGCCAAUGGCAUGGUUCGCUUGAUGCAAGUGGGGGAGGCAAUGGGGACACAAUGGCAGAAUUUGACUUUCAUGGAGAGGAAUGGGAAUGGGGCACCUACAAGACUCAGCGUGUUCUGGCGGUUGGUGCAUACAGCAAUGACGAUGGUUUGCGCCUCGAGAAAAUGUUUAUCCAAAAAGAUAAUGCCACAAUCCAUGCAGAUGGGACUUUAUUGGGGCCAAAAACAAACCUCCAUUUUGCUGUUCUAAACUUUCCUGUUAGCCUGGUUCCUACUCUGGUUCAGGUUAUUGAAUCUUCAGCUACUGACCACCUUCAUUCAUUACGCCAAUUGUUUGCCCCAAUCAAGGGUAUUUUGCACAUGGAAGGGGAUAUGAGAGGAAGUCUUGAAAAACCUGAGUGUGAUGUUCAAGUAAGGCUUCUAGAUGGUGCAAUUGGAGGAAUUGAUCUUGGACGGGCUGAGAUUGUGGCUUCCCUUACAUCAACCAGUCGUUUCCUUUUCAAUGCCAAAUUUGAACCAAUUAUCCAAAAUGGUCAUGUUCAUGUCCAAGGAAGUGUUCCUGUCAAUCUUGUCCAGAAAGACAUGUCGGAGGAAGAAGAUAUAAGGGUAGAUGGAAAUGCUGUAACUAAGGUUCCUGGUUGGGUGAAGGAAAGAGGUGGAGGGUCUGCUGAUGAAGCCAGUGAGAAGAAAAAUUUUAAAGAUAGAAAUGAAGAGGGCUGGGAUACUCAAUUAGCAGAGAGCCUCAAAGGUUUAAACUGGAACAUCUUAGAUGUAGGAGAAAUCAGAGUUGAUGCUGAUAUUAAGGAUGGGGGCAUGAUGUUGUUAACAGCUUUAUCCCCUUAUGCUGACUGGCUUCAAGGCCAUGCUGACAUUUUGCUUCAGGUCAGAGGUACAGUUGAACAACCAGUGCUUGAUGGGUCUGCUUCCUUCCACAGAGCAUCAAUAUCCUCCCCAGCACUCCGAAAACCUCUCACAAACUUUGGGGGGACUGUACAAGUAAAAUCAAACAGGUUGUGCAUCACUUCAUUAGAAAGCAGGGUAAGCAGAAAAGGAAAGCUAUUUAUUAAAGGAAAUCUGCCCCUCAGAACAACUGAAACAUAUGUUGGUGAUAAAAUCGAGUUGAAAUGUGAAGUUCUGGAAGUGCGGGCGAAGAAUAUUUUAAGUGGCCAGGUUGACACACAGAUGCAAAUAACUGGUUCAAUAUUGCAACCAACCAUUUCAGGGAAUAUUAAAUUAAGCCAUGGAGAAGCAUAUCUACCGCACGAUAAAAGUGGCGGGACUGCCCCUUUUAAUAGAUUGGCAGCGAAUCAAUCCAGGGUUCUAGGCACUGGUGUUAAUCAAAUGGUUGCUUCAAGAUAUGUUUCACGGUUUUUUGGUACAAAACCUGAUGCCUCAACGAGGAAAAUCUCCCAGCCCUCAGUUAAAUCAGCUGAAGUUGAAAAGGAGAUGGAGCAAGUAAACAUUAAACCAAAUGUAGAUAUCCGCCUUAACGAUUUGAAGCUUGUUUUGGGACCAGAAUUGAGGAUAGUUUAUCCUUUGAUUCUUAAUUUUGCUGUUAGUGGAGAGCUUGAGCUAAAUGGGCUGGCUCAUCCCAAAUUGCUAAAACCUAAAGGCAUUUUAACAUUUGAGAAUGGUGAUGUCAAUCUUGUUGCUACUCAGUUGAGGCUUAAACGAGAGCAUCUGAAUAUAGCGAAAUUUGAGCCUGAGCACGGAUUAGAUCCAAUGUUAGACUUAGCUUUAGUUGGAUCAGAGUGGCAGUUCAGGAUUCAAAGUCGGGCCAGCAAUUGGCAGGACAAACUGGUGGUGACUUCAACACGUUCAGUGGAACAGGAUGUCCUCUCACCUACCGAGGCUGCUAGAGUAUUUGAGAGUCAAUUAGCAGAAUCCAUACUGGAAGGUGAUGGCCAACUUGCAUUCAAGAAACUUGCAACAGCAACACUGGAAACACUGAUGCCCAGGAUAGAAGGGAAAGGAGAGUUUGGACAAGCUAGGUGGAGGCUAGUUUACGCCCCUCAAAUCCCUAGUUUGCUUUCUGUUGAUCCUACAGUUGAUCCUCUCAAAUCUCUGGCUAGUAAUAUUUCAUUUGGUACUGAAGUUGAAGUGCAGCUUGGGAAACGCCUUCAGGCAUCAAUUAUCCGGCAGAUGAAGGAUUCGGAGAUGGCAAUGCAGUGGACGCUGAUCUACCAGCUUACAAGCCGCCUGCGAGUGCUGUUGCAGUCUGCCCCUUCUAAAAGGCUCCUCUUUGAAUAUUCUGCCACUUCUCACGACUGAAAAUUGCCUCUGCUUCUUUCCUCUUUAAACUUUGCUGCCUAAGAUCAUGCAUAGAAGCAUUCUGCACCAGUUGAGGCAUUU